AAGCAAUAUCCUAAACUUAAAAGUACGUGAAGACAAGACAUCUGCUCAUACUGUCGCUUUUUACACACUUGAAUAAUGGGACAAGCGAAGAGCUGCGAGGGAGCGGGCAAAACUACGCCUGGACAACGCACAGCCGUAUCCGACAUGAGUGGGUCUGACAGCCUGUCCAAAGCCAACAUCAGUUUUACUCUGGAUCUGUUCAGAUCUUUGGGAAAACAAAACAAAAGCUCCAAUGUCUCGUUCUCUCCUCUCAGCGUCUCUGCAGCACUCUCCAUGGUGCUACUUGGGGCCAAAGGCAGGACAGCAAAUCAGAUGAGAGAGUGCCUGAAAACUAAAGAUUGUAAAGAUGUCCAUUCCAGUUUUGCUGCUCUGCUGAAAGAGUUAAACAAAAAAGAUUCAUCAUAUACCGUCAGUAUUGCCAACAGACUGUACGGAGAACAGUCUUGCAAGUUUAAAAAGAAUUUUCUCGAAGGGACCAGAGAAUUCUAUAAUGCAGAGCUAGAGACUGUGGACUUCCUCAAAAAAGCAGAAGAAGCACGAGUCCAAAUGAACCGCUGGGUGGAGGAGCAGACACAGGGUAAAAUUAAGGAUCUGCUGGGCAAAGAUGCUGUGGACAGUGCAGCAAAGUUAGUCCUGGUGAAUGCCAUCUAUUUGAAAGCCGACUGGGGAAAGCAGUUUGAAAAAGAGUCGACACGGGAUGCGAAAUUUAGACUUAACAAGCGUCAAACUCAGACAGUGAAGAUGAUGCACCAGUCAGAGAAGUUCAAGUUAAGACAGGUCAAUGAAAUCAGCUGCCAGGUGAUAGAGCUGUUUUAUAAAAAGGAGCUCAGCAUGCUCAUCUUUUUACCGAAUGACAUAGAAGACAGUACUACAGGUCUGGAGAAGCUGGAGCAGCAGCUGACCUACGAGUCCUUUGUGGAGUGGACACGACGAGACAAAAUGACCCUGUAUGAGGUGGAUCUGAGACUUCCUCGAUUCAGGAUUGAGCAGAACUACGAGCUGAAUGAGGUCCUGAAGACCAUGGGCAUGGAGGACGCAUUUGACCAUCGCAAAUGUGACUUCUCUGGAAUAUCACCUGCCAAAGACCUGAUGCUGUCCCAGGCCGUCCACAGAGCUGUUGUUGAUGUGAAUGAAGCCGGAACAGAGGCGGCGGCUGCUACAAUGGUUCUUGUGGGUUUAGGAUCCUCCAACUGUCCACGAGCCACUUUCAACGCAGAUCACCCUUUUCUCUUCUUUAUCAGACACAACCCCACUGGCGCAAUCCUGUUCGCUGGGAGAUUCUGCUCAGAACAAUAAUUCAGUGCAUUACAUUCAAAUUAACACCUUAAAUGAAAUGAGGGGUCCUACCUGUCACAGUCACUUUGAGUUUGUGGGUUUGUACAUGUGUAAAAGCAUGUAGGUGUAUAUUUAAAUAUGUAAAAAUGAUAGAUUAUAUAUAAAUAUUUUUUUUCCAAAUGUUUUUCCUUAGGCAUUAUUGUGAAUAUGUAAAGCCUUAAUUCAAUCCAUAGACUGUAUAUAUUACUGGUCAUAACUAACACAUUAGUCGCCUCGGUCCAAAUAGGAAGUUCGCAUGUGGCUCUUCCGGCUCCUGCUGACCUGGCUCCCAUUGACUUACAUUAGAAUAUUGUGGUUCCUCUCUGUGUAACUGCUGCAGUGAGCCUCAUUAUUUUGGUCUUAAAAUGUUCGUACUAAACUGCAUGAUCCUGGGGUUUUUAUCAUGCUAUUUACACCCUUAAAAAAAUCCUACUCGUAAUAUAGAGCCUGGCUCCAAAUUUGCCCCUGUAGCCGUUGGCAUGGCGAGCUUCAUUCGAGUGGAGAUGAACACUAUGGAUGACGUCACACUCUUAAUCCAUUUCUUUAUACAGUCUAUGAUUCGGUCUAAUGCAGGUGCUAAGUUUUUGUUUGUUUUUAAGCGUAUUAUUGUUAUUAAGUGUAUAAUCACAAGAAAAUGACAUUCAACAGUUUCAUUUACAUUUACAUAGACAUUUUCUAAAAUGUUAAAAAUAUUUUCUAACUUUUGUGCUUUAGAAAUAAACUGUUUUAUGCCCACUCAAGAAUCACAAAAUAUAAUAAAUGUAUGUACAUUUCAUCAACAUACAGUAGAUAUGGCUGGAUGCAAAGCUUCAAACUGUUUUGAAUGAGAGAAUAAAUAAAAUAAAAUAAUGGUGCACUGUG